AUGCAGCAGCCGAGGCGGGUCGUGUUGGUGCUCGUUCACACACUGUCGACCGGCGGACUCUACGAUGGCAUCUUCCGUGUCCUCGUCCUCAACAUCGGCUACUUUUUCGGACUAUUUGGCAGUAUCAGCCUCUACCGUGCAUGUUUCCACCCGCUGCGCAACUUUCCAGGGCCACCACUGGCAAAGCUCAGCACGCUAUGGUCUGCGCGCGAGACGGCCUGUAAUUACAGGUUCCAUGUUAUGGUGGACGAGAUUCAUCGGACAUAUGGAGACUUUGCGUGCAUUCGCCCCCGUGAAGUAUCUAUCAACAAUGUAGAUGCGCUGCGUGAAGUCCAUAGCCGUGGUUCCGUCUGCACCAAGGGACCUUUUACUAUGACUUCUGGACCCCGUUCCGAUCAAUUUCCAUAA